GCUCUAAACAUCCUGUCUGAGGGCCACCUCCCUGGGGUGGCUUCUCCCUUUAUCUGCCUCUCCUCGGCAAUAACUGCUCCUUUUUGCCACAUCUGGAGCUGGAAGAAGGACGGGCAGGAGCCACAGGUGGACUCUUCAUAGAGAGAAAUACAUUGACCCUGUUUGUCCUUGCAGGUCCAGCAAGCGAGGACAAUGCCAACGACUUUCCUCGGCAGUGCCCUCCGGGGCACUUGCUUCUUCAUUUUUGGUUUCUGGUGGUCUGUGCGAUACCCACUGAAGUAUCUCAGGCGGAAAGCGAAUGCGGAGAGCCAGCCGAGCCAAGAGGUCCAGCGCGUGGAAGUCUUCGAAGGGGCGGUCAAAGCUUUCUUUGCUCUAGCAGGGAUACUGGUGGAGCAGUUUGUGCCGGCCGGUCCCCACCUGCAGCUGUACAGCCCCAAGACGCACAGCUGGACGGACCUCACCCACUGGCACUACACCACCAUGUACCUCUUCUUCCUCCUCUCUGGCAUUGUGGACAUCGUCUCGCAUUCCCCGCUUAAGCUGCCGCCUGGAUUAGAUCGGCUCUCGCUCUCUGUGGCUCUGUUCAUUGAAGGUUUGCUCUUCUGCUUCCGUGAUGACAGUGAUGCCGCGCUGGACCACCACGUGCAUUCCUUGCUGGCCAUUGCUGUCUUUGCUGGAGCCCUCUGUGCCCUCCUGGAGGUGUUUCUCCGUGACCACAUCAUCCUGGAGAUCUUCAGGACCAGCUCCUUCCUUCUCCAGGGCUCUUGGCUUUGGCAGAUCGGGUUCGUGCUGUCCCCUCCAUGGGGAGGACCAGGCUGGGACCAGACUGACCGCAGCAACUUCGCCUUCCUCACCGUGUGUUUCUGCUGGCACUACGCUGGCGUUCUUGCCGUCCUGGCAGCAAACUCCGCUGCUUCACGCUGCUGCAAUGAGAACUGCCAGCUGAAAUUCGGGGACAUUGACGUGGAGCUGGACUGCGGCAUGUGCAUCCGCAAAAGCAGCAAGAGCUCCGGUGCCCUGCUGCCGGAGAGCCCCUCGGACGACAAAUGAGGCCGUGAAAACAUCUUCCCUGCUGGCUUAGAGCUCUUGAGAUGAGGUUUUUAAUUAUUCUUGGUAAACCGCGGAGCAUCAGAAGCGGGAGGCGGGACCCCGAAGACGCUGCACGGCAGGAGAUGUGAAGCCUUCCCUGUGCAUCCUCUGCAAACCAGGCUCAUCUGGGGGGCAAUUUUUAACUUCUCUCUGGUGCAGCUCGGGCUGUGAACUGCAGGACUGCUCUGCUGGCCCAGUCCAACUUGUGCGGCUGAUUUGGCUAUUUUUUUUAAUAUUGUUUUUGCUUCUGCUUGUACAGAAAGGCGCCAAACCGGCUUUCGAAGCUCCCGGUUCCUGUCGCUCACUUUGGUGUUAAUGGAGGGGGUUUUUGUACAAAGCUUAAUGAGUAUCCAUGAUCACCAAUAAAGGACUUUAAUUAACGAC